CUCCUGUCAGCUCAACCUCAGCGGCGCUCUCAGGAUGUUCUGCUGGGGAGACGCGUCCAGAGGUCAGCUCCUCUCAGCCGGAGCUGAGCGCGGCUUUCUCACCGUCCCGACCUUGGUGAAUGCGUUUGGUGAGCAGAUAGUGAGUGCGUCGUGCGGAGAGCAGCACGCUGUGUUUGUGAGUGAAGGUGGUCGAGUUUUCUCCUGUGGACGGAACUCUAAAGGACAGCUGGGCAGAGCGAAGAGCAAAGAGACUAAAGUACCAGUGAUUGAAGGUCUGGGGGGAGUAGCCUCUGUGGCCUGUGGUCAGGAGCACAGUUUGGCCUUGUGUGACUCGGGUCAGGUGUUCUCCUGGGGAGGAGGUGGAGAAGGUCAGCUGGGCAUCAACAGUCCAGUGGCAAAAUCUACAAAACCAGGACCUGUUCAUGUACCAUCACCUUUACCAAUACCAGUAGUACAGAUUGCAUGUGGAAAUUUCCAUUCUCUGGCCCUGACCAAAGGAGGCGAGGUGUAUGCUUGGGGCCAGAAUAGCUAUGGGCAACUGGGACUGGGGAAAGCUGUGGCCCUGCAGGUCGUCCCUGCCCUGGUGCAAGCUCUCACUGGAGUGCCAGUCAUUCAGAUCUCUGCUGGUGGAGCCCACACUCUCGCCCUCACCAGCUCAGCGCAAGUCUUCUGCUGUGGGGCAAACAGUGCUGGACAGCUGGGCCUCAAAAGGACUGAUGAGAAAGGCCGCUUUACAAUCUGUGCUAUUCCUGCUAUGAGGUGCUUGUCCAUUGCCUCCAUCAGCUGUGGAGCAGCACACACUGCCGUCCUCACUAAGGGUGGAGAAGUCUAUACGUUUGGAGAUGGAACAUAUGGUCAGCUUGGGCACAACUCUACCAACAGGGAGCUUCUGCCUAGGAAGGUGGAAGGUAUUGAUGGACCAGCUAAACAAGUAACCUGUGGAAGCAAUCACACUCUGGUUCUGAUGCUGUCGGGUGACCUCUUUGCAUUUGGGCAAGGGGUCAAUGGUCAGCUGGGCAACGCCAGCACAGAGAACAGCCUGCAACCUGUGAGACUGGAAGGACCCUGGAAUAGUUCAGGGGCAGAGAGACAGAGAGAAGUGAGGAUCUCCUCAGGAUGGAAUUCCAACUUCCUUUUCUUUCCCCCUCCCAAGAAAUCUGUUCUUGGCGAUCCGAUUGGAAAACUAGACGACGCCCGAGUGCAGAGAUGGGUUUCGGUGUUAGAGAGAGACAGAUACACUGAGGAAGCUAAAAGGGAGGUGGGCUUGACUUUUUCUACAAGUUCAAGUCUUGUCGCUUGUUUCCUGAAGGACAGUGGAGCUGUCGGCAGGAGUUCUCCAGGCACUGUUGCGGUUGAUUUGGAUGCUGCCAGUGAGACCUUUGACAAGAUCCUGAAGAUUCCUUGGAUCAAGAAAGCAUUUGAGGUUAACAUCCGUCCACUUGUGCACAAUCUUUGGCUUGCUGCACCGGUGAUGAAGUGUCCAGAGAUCUUCCUGCUUCUACCCACGUGCUCUAUUCUUCACGAAGACCGGAAUGUCAUUGACCUGGUGCUGCUAUUAGCAGUAGCCCUAACAACGCUUAAUGAGUCUGCCAUGAAAACCUUGAAGGAUUACUGGUCCUCCAUGGAAGCCCCUAUGAUGUCCAAGCAUAUUUGCAUGUGGAAAAGUGCACUUGCCUUCCUCCUGAAGGCCAAUGUGUGGUUAACAUUCAUCCCAGGAAUGAAAGCUGUGCUGGAAGUCCUCAAGUAUCUAUAUAAGUGCAACAAAAGGGUGGCGAGAUCCAGGAAGGUUCCCCUUAGUGAGUUCUAUGUAGAGGAGAUCGGUCUGUCACCUCCAUUGCUCCAACAAGAUGUUACGCUGUGGCGGCAGCUUAAAUGGGGGCAGGUUCAGGAAGGGGAUAAUCUGCCGCCUGUUUUCUGCCGUUACCCAUUUCUUCUGGAUCUGCAGAGCAAGAUAAACAUUUUUAACUACGAUGCUGCCAUAACAAAGAUAACCCACUCCUUUAUUCAUGACCAAGUGACGGCUGGGCUGUUUCAGAAUUUGUACACCCAGGCCCCGACACCCAUCAUCCUGCUUAGACUGAGACGCACCGCUCUGCUGGAGGACGUGUUUCGACAGCUCUCCUAUGCUGACCAUGACAACUUCAAAAAGCAGCUAGUGGUGGAAUUUGUUGAAGAUUCCAAACAGACAGAUGUCAACAAAAGAGAUUUCUUCCUCCACGCCUUUAAUGAGCUUUUAGCUCCGGAGUCAGAGAUGUUCAUGUACAACGACACCCAAACAAUGAUUUGGUUCCCAUCCCAGCCCAAGGUGGAAUCAAAGCAGUACUUUCUGUUUGGGAUCCUCUGUGGCCUGGCACUGAAUAACAGCAACAUAGUGCACAUGCCCUUCCCUCUGGCCAUGUUUAAGAAGCUGGUUAACAUGAAGCCCACUCUGGAUGACAUGAUCGAGUUCAGGCCUACAGUUGGAAAGAGUUUGAGAUGUCUUCUGUACGACUAUACUGAUGAUGUCAUUGAGAAUAUGGACACCACCUUCUGUGUGCACUGGGAUGGAGUCAAUGUAGAGCUGGAUCCUCAGGAAAAAGGAAAACCUGUGAUAAGUGCUAAUAAAAAGGAGUUUGUAGACGCCUAUUUGGAUUAUGCCAUGAACAAGUCAGUGGAGCGAGUGUUUGAGGAGUUCAGAAGGGGCUUCUACAAAGUGUGUGACCGAGACGUGGUGGAGUUUUUCCAACCGGAGGAGCUGAGAGGAGUGAUGGUGGGCACCGAAGCGUAUGACUGGGAUGUUUUCCGACAGAACACGGUUUAUGACGGACAGUUCCACGUGGGACACCCCACUAUUGUCACUUUUUGGGAGGUGUUUGAGGAGCUGACAGAUGAACAGAAGAAAGCUUUUCUCUUGUUUCUGACGGGCUGUGAUCGUGUACCCAUCCUUGGAAUGGAGCAGGUUAGAAUGAGUGUGUCUGUCCUGCCCAACUCCACCCAGAACCACCUGCCGGAGUCCCUCACCUGUCACUGCAUCCUCAUGCUCCCUCAGUAUAACAGCAAGGAGCGGCUGCAGUCCAAGCUUAUUGAAGCCUUGAAGCACAACAGAGGCUUUUGGAGAGAAUAGACAGAAUUUUGACAAACGGAAGUGCAUCGGUGCAGAAAUAGAUGUCUAGAUGUUCUCAGUUUGUGAUAAUUCUAUCGGGCUGCUUGUUGGUGAAUUUCAGAUGUUUCAUUCUCUCUCACACUUCUUUGCUUGUCACAAUCUCAAAUAUUUCAUACAUUGACCAGGUAUUAGACCCUCAAAGGUCUGUAUGUGAGUUCAUGCUUCAAUGCCUUACUUAUAAUAUAUAUUUAUAUCCUCUCACAACUUGCAUAUUGGUUUCAUAGUCACCAAAUAAUUCAUAAUAGUUACUAAAUACUGCGUGUUAAGAUAAUAAAUGCAUGAUAAAUCUUAAUAAACUGGCUUUUCUUUCUUGUCUGCA